ACGAGAAUAUUCAGAAACUAAUGGCUGGUGGGGAGAGGCGGCGACUCAAGGGAGGAGAUUCGGUUGGAUGAGGCAGCGAAUUGAGGGAGGGAGUGACCGGUUAUAGCCGGUGGACCUUGGUGCUGUGGCAGCGCCUCGUCCGACGAUUUCCUGGAGGCUUCGUGGAUGAGCAGCCCCCCUUCCUUCUUCCCUCCUUUAUAAAGCCGAUUGCGCCGUCCGCUAUCUUCUUCAAGUCAGAGUGCCUUCUCUAUCCUCCUCGAGUGAUCAGGUUAGCCACUCCCUCUUCUUUUCAUCGCUCUAGAAAUUUAUGUAUAUCUAGGGUGGUCGAAGAACUUGGAUUCUGCUUUGCCAGAUUUUUAACAUGAAUAUGCCCAAAUUUUAGUUUUUCCCCCCUCCUAUUUAGUUGGUUCUAUAGAUUUUUAUUUUUAUGUGGUCUGGGUUAAUAGGUUCUGAAAUCUAGAUUAGGGGUUGAAAGAUAGUUGUUUAGUGAGACUUGAUUUAUUAGGGUUAGGAUUUCAGCUAUGGAUUCCCGUUUGGGUGGGUUUGUUGAUUCGAUUAACGAUUUCGAACUGAAUGGUCAGGCCUUUUUGACCGAUUCAGAUCAGUUUCCAAAUUUUGAGAAUGGAUUCAAAUUCGAUUCUCACUCGCCUCUAGAUUUUAACUUCUUGGAUCGUCCUGUUCUUCCUCCUGAUAUGAACCUGGGUGCGUUUGCUCCAUCUUCGAGCUUGAGCCCAGAUGGAGAUUCUUCUGAUGAAGGUGAUGAUAGUUUUCUCAAGUACGUAAGCCAGGUGCUUAUGGAAGAGAAUCUGGAGGACAAAGCUUGUAUGUUCCAUGACCCGCUGGCGCUACAAGCUGCUGAGAGGUCGUUUUACGAGGUUCUUGGUGGGCAAAAUCCUCCUUCCCGGAAUCAAACCCAUCAAAUUGUUGACAGUCCUGAUGAUAAUGCUUGGAGUAGUUUCAGUGAUUAUAGUAGUUAUAGCAGUCCUAGUAAUGGCUCUAGCAAUUCGGUGAACCAUCAGUGGAUUACUGAUCCUGGCAAUUCCACGAACCAUCAGUGGGUCGUUGAUCCUGGUGAUCUUAACUACAAAUCCUCUUUCUUACUGAACCCUCUACCUGAAAACUAUGUUUUCAGCUCGACUAUAGGAUCUGGCUCACAGUCCUCCACAAACUCUUUUGAUAGUUUCAGUAAGACUGGUAACGAGGCACCAAGCCCAGUCUUGGUUCCAAAUAUUUUUAGUGAUAGCGAAUCGGUGUUGCAGUUUAAGAGAGGAGUAGAGGAAGCUAGUAAAUUCCUUCCUAAGGCUACUAAUCUUGUUAUUGAUCUGGAGAAUGGCACAUUGCCCCCACAAUCAAAGGUGGAGACUCAAAGGGUGGUCGUGAAGACAGAGAAGGAUGAGAGGGAGAAUUCACCUAAAUGGUUGAGGGGACGAAAGAAUCUUCACAGAGAAGAUCAUGAAUUAGAAGAAAGGAGUAGAAAGCAGUCAGCAGUUCAUCUGGAAGAAGACGAAGAUGAGCUAUCAGAGAUGUUUGAUAGGGUAUUGCUAUGUUCUGAUCCUAAAGCAGAGCGUUCUUACUACUGUACUGGGGAAGAAGACUGCAAUAGCUUGCAGCAGUCUGAACAUCCACAGUCUAAUGCUGAAAAGACACGCACUAAGAAGUCAUCUAAGGAAGUGGUGGAUUUGAGAACUCUGUUGAUUCACUGUGCACAAGUUGUCUCUACCUAUGAUCUCAGGACUGCAAAUGAACUACUAAAGCAGAUUAGGCAGCACUCUUCCCCUUUUGGUGAUGGAUCGCAGAGGUUGGCUCAUUUCUUUGCUGAAGGCCUGGAAGCACGCUUGGCAGGCACUGGGACAGAGAUUUAUACUGUCCUAGCUUCCAAGAAGGUGUCAGCUGCUGCUAUGUUGAAAGCUUACGAACUUUUCCUUGCAGCCUGCCCAUACAAGAUGAUCUCUAUUUUCUUUGCGAACCAUAUGAUUUUGCGUUUAGCUGAGAAAGCAAAAGUGCUUCAUAUUAUAGAUUUUGGUAUCUUAUACGGCUUCCAAUGGCCUGGCCUCAUCCAACGUCUCUCAGCAAGACCUGGAGGGCCUCCCAAGCUUCGAAUUACAGGAAUAGAGCUUCCCCAACCGGGUUUCCGGCCAGCAGAAAGAGUUGAGGAGACAGGGCGCCGACUGGCAAGGUAUUGUGAACGAUUCAAUGUUCCAUUUGAGUACAAUGCCAUAGCAAAGAAGUGGGAAACUAUCCAAAUUGAGGAUCUCAAGGUUGACAGCAAUGAGGUAAUUGCUGUGAACAGCAUGUUCCGGUUUAAGAAUUUACUUGAUGAGACAAUUGUGGUGGACAGCCCAAGGAAUGCGGUUUUGGGCUUAAUCAGGAAAAUUAAUCCUCAUAUUUUCAUCCAUUCCAUCACUAAUGGUUCGUAUAAUGCACCAUUCUUUGUCACACGGUUCCGGGAAGCACUGUUUCACUUCUCUGCAGUGUUUGAUGCGUUGGGUAACAACAUAGCCAGUGAAAAUGAGCACAGGUUAAUGUAUGAGAAAGAAUUCCUGGGGCAGGAGGUGAUGAACGUCAUAGCAUGUGAGGGUUCUGAAAGGGUUGAGAGGCCUGAGACAUACAGGCAGUGGCAGGUUCGGACCCUGAAUGCUGGGUUCAGACAGCUCCCAUUAAAUCAGGAGCUCACAAAGAAAUUGAAGACCAAGGUUAAGUUGGGUCACCACAAGGAUUUUUUGGUGGAUGAAGAUGGGAAUUGGCUGCUGCAGGGUUGGAAGGGACGAGUUCUCUUCGCUUCCUCCUGUUGGAUACCCGCGGUUCAGAUUUCGGCUUUGGAUCCACGUUUGAGGGGAUUUGUUGAUGCGAUGAAUGGUAUCGAAUUCAAUGGUCAAGCCUUUUUGACUGGUUCAGAUCAGUAUCCGAAUUUUGAAAAUGGAUUCACAUUUGAUGCUCACUCGCCUCUAGAUCUUAACUUCUUAGAUCAUCCUUUUCUUCCUCCUGAUGUGAACCUGGGUGUGUUUGCUCAAUCUUCGAGCUUGAGCCCAGAUGGAGAUUCUUCCGAUGACGGUGACUCUUCUGAUAGUUUUCUCAAGUACGUAAGCCAGGUGCUUAUGGAAGAGAAUCUGGAGGAUAAAGCCUGUAUGUUCCACGAUCCGCUGGCGGUACAAGCUGCUGAGAAGUCGUUUUACGACGUUCUUGGUGGGCAAAAUCCUACCUUCCGGAGUGAGCCCCCUGUUCAUGUUGACCAAGUUGUUGACAGCCCGGAUGAUAGCGUUUCGGGCAGUAGCAGUGACUAUGGUAGUUAUAGCAGUCGUAUCAAUGGUACUAGUAAUCUUCAGUGGAGUGCUGAUGCUCACAAUUCUGCGAACCAUCAGUGGGUUGUUGAUCCCGGUGAUCGUAACUACAAAUCCUCUUUCCUACAAAACCCUCUUCCUGAAAAUUAUGUUUUUGGGUCUGCUUUAGGAUCAGCUUCGCCGUCUUCUGUCACCUCUUCUGAUAGCUUCAGUAACAUCGGUAAUGGAGUUGUUGACUCUUCACCAAAAACAGUCUUGGUUCCAAAUAUUUUUAGUGAUAGUGAGUCGAUCUUGCAGUUCAAGAGAGGGGUAGAGGAAGCUAGUAAAUUCCUUCCUAAGGCUACUAAUCUUGUUAUUGAUCUGGGGAAUGGCACAUUGCCUCCACAAUCAAAGGUGGAGACUCAAAGGGUGGUUGUGAAGACAGAGAAGGAUGAGAGGGAGAAUUCGCCUAAAUGGUUAAGGAGAAGAAAGAAUCUUCACAGGGCUGAUAUCGAAUUAGAAGAAGGAAGGAGAAGCAAGCUGUCAGCCGUUGAUUUGGAAGAAGACGAUGAUGAGCUAUCGGAGAUGUUUGAUAAGGUGUUGCUAUGUUCUGAUGAUAAAGCAGAGCCUUCUUACUAUUGUACUGGUGAUGAAGACCUGCAUAAUGGAAUUUGCAAUACCUGGCAGGUGUAUGGAAGUGCACACUCUAAUGGUGAAAAGACACGCAUUAGAAAGCAGUCCAGUGGGAAGGAGGUUGUGGAUUUUGGGACUCUGUUGAUUCAGUGUGCACAAGCCGUCUCUGCUGAUGAUCACCGGACUGCUAAUGAACUAUUAAAGCAGAUUAGGCAGCACUCAUCCCCUUUUGGUGAUGGUUAUCAGAGGUUAGCUCAUUGCUUUGCUGAUGGCUUGGAAGCACGCUUGGCAGGCACUGGGACAGAGAUUUAUACUGUCCUAGCUUCCAAGAAGGUGUCAGCGGCUGCUAUGUUGAAAGCUUAUGAACUUUUUCUUGCAGCCUGCCCAUUCAAGAAGAUCUCUGCUUUCUUUGCAAACCAUAUGAUUUUACGUCUAGCUGAGAAAGCAACAGUGAUUCAUGUCAUCGAUUUUGGUAUCCUAUAUGGUUUUCAAUGGCCCAUCUUCAUUCAACGACUCUCAGCCAGACCUGGAGGGCCUCCCAAGCUUCGAAUUACAGGAAUAGAGCUUCCCCAACCGGGCUUCCGGCCAGCAGAAAGAGUUGAGGAGACAGGGCGUCGACUGGCAAAAUAUUGUGAACGAUUCAAUGUUCCAUUUGAGUACAAUGCCAUAGCACAGAAGUGGGAAACUAUCCGAAUUGAGGAUCUUAAGAUUGACAGGAAUGAGGCGAUUGCUGUGAACUGUCUCUUCCGGUCUAAAAACUUACUUGAUGAGACAAUUGUGGUGGACAGCCCAAGGAAUGCUGUUUUGGGCUUAAUCAGGAAAAUCAACCCUCAGAUUUUUGUCCAUUCUAUUAUUAAUGGUUCCUACAAUGCCCCGUUUUUUGUCACACGGUUCCGGGAAGCACUGUUUCACUUCUCUGCAGUGUUUGACGUUUUGGAUAAUAACGCACCCCGUGAAAAUGAGCAGAGGUUGAUGUUUGAGAAAGAAUUCUGCGGGCGGGAGGUGAUGAAUGUGAUCGCAUGUGAAGGAUCCCAGAGGGUCGAGAGGCCGGAGACAUACAAGCAGUGGCACGUUCGGACUCUGAAAGCUGGGUUCAGGCAACUCAAGUUAGAUCAGCAGCUCGCAAAGAAAUUGAAGACCAAGGUGAAAGUGGGCCAUCAUAAGGAUUUUUUGGUUGAUAAAGAUGGGGAUUGGCUGCUGCAGGGUUGGAAGGGCCGAGUUCUCUAUGCUUCCUCCUGCUGGAUUCCCACGUAAGAGUCCAGAACUGGACAACCCUGGGGCUCCAUUUUCUUGUGCGCGUGCUCUGACUUCUUAUCGUCUUUUCAGAUGUAAGCUUUGUCCCAUUAGGGUCUUUAAUUUAAUUUAUAUUCAGACUAUGAAUGUGAUGUCCCACAUCGGAUAGGGGAGAAUGUUCCUGGCGCUAUAUAUGUAGAGGCUCCUCUUAACCAAGUAGACGCGUUUUAAAGCCGUGAGGGCCCCCUUGGGCCCAAAGCGGACAAUAUCUACAUGGUUGGGUGCGGGUCGUUACAAAUGGUAUCAGAGCCGAUCCCCGACCCCGGUGUGGGGGUUUGUUUGGCUUUGUCUGUUUGGCCCCGCAAUCCCAUGGGACACAACGAGGACGUUGUGUCUGCAUGGGGGGGUGUUUGUGAUGUCCCACAUCGGAUAGGGGAGAAUGUUCCUGGCGCUAUAUAUGUAGAGGCUCCUCUUAACCAAGUAGACGCGUUUUAAAGCCGUGAGGGCCCCCUUGGGCCCAAAGCGGACAAUAUCUACAUGGUUGGGUGCGGGUCGUUACAAAUGGUAUCAGAGCCGAUCCCCGACCCCGGUGUGGGGGUUUGUUUGGCUUUGUCUGUUUGGCCCCGCAAUCCCAUGGGACACAACGAGGACGUUGUGUCUGCAUGGGGGGGUGUUUGUGAUGUCCCACAUCGGAUAGGGGAGAAUGUUCCUGGCGCUAUAUAUGUAGAGGCUCCUCUUAACCAAGUAGACGCGUUUUAAAGCCGUGAGGGCCCCCUUGGGCCCAAAGCGGACAAUAUCUACAUGGUUGGGUGCGGGUCGUUACAAUGAAGGUAAUUGAUUGAAAUUUUGUAUGAUAGCAGUUUGGCCUAAUGCAUGUGAAUUUUUGUACCA